UAUGCCUUUUGACCAAAAUAAGAGGGCCUUAACCAGCUUCGAGCUAGAAGAAUUAGUUCUUAAUCUGGACCUAGACCAAUCAGAUAUCGGCGAUUUAUCGUCGGAGAGUGAGGAUGAAGUAGAUGUGGACUUGGAUUUGGUUAAUAUUAACCUUGAUCAUCAGGAUGGAUUAGAAAGUAUAGAGGAUAUGGAGAUUCUUCGGAUGACGAGCCUUUUGCCCAUUAUUUACCAGGCUAUGAAAAAACUUGGUCCCGUGUUCGGGAAUUUGAACCAUUCCAGUUUAACUUUAAAAACGAGAACAUUUCCACUGAAUUAAAUCAACCAAGUAUGUACCUAAGAAAAUACAUUUCUGAUACUUUCUUUGAACAAAUGGCACUUUUCA